AUGUUUUAUUUAGAUACACACAAUUUGCUCUAUGUUGGUAGUUGUUUUCUUGCGUCAGUAUGUACUCUGUGUGUAUGCAGAAAUCGAGAAUUAUUUCCUCACAUAAGUGAAAAUAAACCUAUUGGUCAGUUAUACCGUCUUCUUAAUAUUCAUAAAUAUGAAUCAUUCAGUAUUAUAAUUCAAAUUCAUCACAUAAAUUUAAAAUUUGGCGAUGAUGAUAAUAGCAAGUAUAUUGUUCAUCUGAAAAUAGGCAAUAGGUAUGCCUACACCCACUACUACAAGCAGUACCUCAAUAAGAUACACAUUGAAGAAAGAAAAAACUUGGCCGUUAAACAGAACAACACUAUAUUAACAGUAGAGGUUUAUAAAAAAGGGACUUUAAAAAAUACCUAUAUUGGAUCGGCUGAAAUUCAUAUAUAUACAGACAUAAUAAAAAAAUUAUUUCCUUGCAAUAUGUAUUUUAAUAUAGUUAACAAAAAUCAGAUUGUUGCUACAGCUUGUUUAUCUUUCCACUAUAUUAAUUUAGACUGUAUAAAAAAGGAUGAUCAGAUAUACACUUCUCUUUUCAUUGAAACUAUAAUAUCUGUUCAGAAAAACCAAAGUAAAAAUAAUGAGAAAAUAGAAUGGCUUAUAAACGAAGGUAUGGAGUACUUCGACGCGAUUAAAGAAACGGACGUUAGCUCAACCAUUUAUAAAAACAUAUCAAAUCUAGCGACUGAGGAUAAAAUUCGUCUCUUCUCAAAGAACCUGAAUGGAUAUCUACUGCAUAGCAAUUUCUACAUAAAAAGAUUUUAUAACAAGUAUUACUUUUACUUACACUUUUUUAAAGGAAAAUUUUACUGGUGUUACUACAAUGAAGAAUCGGACGCAAAGGUUGAUACGAACAGAGUUGGAUACAUACGACUGGAGUACGUAGUCAACGUGUACAGCGACGUUUACAGCCACAAAUACUUUUACAUAAAGUACAGGAAGAAAAGAGAAAAAAAAGAGAAUUAUUUAUACUUAAAAACCAUGGAUAAGGAUAGGAAUAUAUGGGUGAACGUUAUUCAUGAUUUUAUAAUUCUGACAAGUAAUUACAGGAGAGAAAAGAAAAAUAAGAGGAAUAAAAUUAAAGGGCUUCAAAACAAUUACGAAGAAGGAGGAGCUUCCAAAGAAGUAGUUGAAAUAAAUAAUAAAUUAUCUCAUUCUUUAUCAAAAAAUUCUAUGAAAAUUAAGUAUUUAAAUAAAAAAAAUGUUGUGGAAACGUCAAGUAACAUUGAUAACGAAGAAAAUUAUACAAAAUCGCCUGAACUGGGUCAUGUUGUUAAGGAUAUGGGUAAAAACAUGUAUAAUUACAGUGACUGA